GUUAGAAGUGGGCCAGAAUAGAGUAGCAAGGAUGGCACUGAGUGCACCGAGGUGCACAGCAGUUGAAGCCUUGAGAGGUGACAUGGGAUGGAGCACCUUCAGAGAAAGACUGACAAAAGCCACACUUAGGUACAAGAUUAGGCUUGAGAGAAUGGAUGAUGCAAGAAUAGCAAGGAAGGUGUACCUGUGGAAUGAAAGUGGAAGCAAAUGGAGGAAGAGAUGCAUGAGAAUGACAGACAGGAAUGGAUUGCAAGUUGUGUGGGCGAUAAGAAUGGCUGGUAGGAAUCAAAAUGAGCGUGAAUGGGUGGUAACAAGAGGAGGCAGAGUGGGAGCCGAAUGGGAUGUGAGAAAAUGGAAGAAUGAGAUAGACAAAGAAGUGAAAUGUGUGGGACUGAAUGAAUGGAAGAAUGAGAUGGAAAGAAAGAAGACCCUGGAAUGGUACAAGGAGAAAGAGGCCCCGAGGUAUGAAAGGUGGUAUGGUGGAAGCCUGGGUGGUGAUCUUCUCUUCCGAGCGAGGGCACAGUGUAUGGAUGUGAAUGCAAGGAGUUACAGGUGGUCUGAGUCCCGCAGCAAAGUGUGCCAGAUGUGUGACAUGGGAGAGGAUGAGACGGUGGAACAUGUGGUGCUGGAGUGUGUGAAGUAUGCCAGAGACAGGAAUGAGAUGAUGCAAGUGAUACUGACUGAGUUAGGGCAUGAUAGGAAUGAAAGAGUGGAGAAGACAGGAAAAGAGUGGAUGGUGUUGUUGCUGGGACUGUGUAGAGAGGCGAAUGAAAGGAUGAUUGAGGCGGUGAAAGAGUUUCUGGAGAGAAUGUGGCAUGCCAGGUGUAUGAACAAUUAGGAUAGAGGAUGCUGUUCGUUUCUCUUUUUUUUUCCCCCUUUCUACAGGAGUUGCCGAUCCAAAGGCCUGACUCAGGAGUGAUCCUUGCCACCUGUACCAUCAAGAUCAAGAUCAAGACAAGCGUUCCCUCGUGUUUACUCCUACCACACUGCCUAGAAAUCUUGUUUUUUCGCAAAUUUCCCAAGUAAUUCCCCACCCCGGAGGCCGCCCCCAGUACACCUGUUCCCUGCAUCCAUGGUGAGCCCCUGGGGACCCUGAGGCGCCGCGGGGGAUCUGAAAUAAGGGAGAAAUUAAGGGAAAUAGGGAGCCCCGUGGUCACUGCACUGAGUCUCCCACGUUUUCCUCAUAAGAUUUUUGGUGUUUUUUAAUUAAUUGAUGAGCUACAGAACUACAGCAUCGUUCAGGUGGCAGCCAGAGACCAGCACUCUCUUGCUCUCACCUCCUGGGGCCUGGCAUGAUGAAGGCGUCAGGCGAUAAACAGUGCACACGCGGGACUGAGUCACUCAGUAAACACAGUGCAGUGGGCCGCGGGUGGCGCGAAGCAGUGCGCUCUGGUGGCAAGGGGACAAAGUAUGCCUUGCGCGGGGAAUUUUAAUCGAUUUUAUCUACGCACGGGGUGACAAUGGGUACGGUCAGCUUGGCGUCAACUCCUGCGACAGUCACACCGCCACACCCAAGCUUGUCAAGAGUCUGGCCAGGAAGGUGACAAUGCAGCUGGCCUGUGGCGCCAACCACACCCUUGCCUUGACUGCUGAUGGUGAAUUGUACACUUGGGGACAAAAUACCUUCGGCCAGUUGGGACUUAGACACCGACAGGGUCCCCAGAAGGACCCCCUGCCCUGGUGACCUCCUUGGCUGGCACCCCCUUAGUCCUGCUGGCCGCUGCGGGUCACCACUCUGCUGCCGUGACCAAGGCCGGCUACCUGCUGUUGUGGGGGUCAAACAAGCAGGGUCAACUGGGCUAUACUCCCAAGGGUGAUCCUCUUGUUAGCUGUGGACCUUUGGGUAUGGACGCUGUGGACAGCUUGGUCAUGGCACGACAGAUAACUGCCCCAUUCCUCGCACUGUGCUUGACCUGUGUGGCUCAAAGGUCGGCCAGGUCGCCUGUGGGAGAGGUCAUACCCUGGUCUACAUCCCCUCGCAGGGCCAUGUGUAUGCAUUUGGCCAGGGGCUCUCAGGGCAGCUGGGCACCAAGACUCCACACAGCAGGGAAUUACCUCAAGUGGUAGUGUGCCCAUGGCUGUCCCCAGGGGGUGCCAGCCUGCUAGACUACGCAGAGGAGGACAGCCCCAGUGUGUAUUUGAGGCAGAUCUUCGCUGGGGGGGACGUCAGCAUGGCCACCGUCAGCAGGGAGAGUGGGGGUGCUGAGGACUUUUGCAGCCCUCCCCUACCCCGACCAAAUGCCCCCUCUCACAAUUCAAGAACAUAUCAUUAAGAAACUUCUGUCAAUUGAGGAAGAAGACAUGAUUGAUGACGAUUUGUUUACGUACACAGAGACAGUGUUUGCCUCAGUGUGCGCUUGGAACAGCUCCCUCACGCUUGCUGGCUUGCACAAACACACACACGGGCUGGACUACCGUUUGGCUGAGGACUGUGUGGCUCAGAUUGGCCGGAAUGCAAGGGAGACCAUUCAGGAAGUGGCGAGUGCGUGCGUUUGUGUGCGUUUCACUGCAUUUUACUGAAGGUUUCCCAGGACAAAACAGGACAAACUGACCUGCUGGCAUUUCACACGCAGAAUCUCACAAGCGUCCACUGAUCUGUUACCGAGCUAAUCCAAACGUCCACAGAUUCGUACUGGCAUUCAAAACGUGGCCAAGAGUCUUCCUUCGCAUCCCCCCAGCCAGGACGCCUUACGCUGUUAUGUCCUUCCCCUGUACAAGGACUUCACUGACCCUAAACAAACGGCCAAACUCCAAAUGCCGUAUGCUGAGGGAGUGUUGAAGCUUGGCAAGGAGAUGGCGGAGGUGUUCAAGAGACCGGCAUGCCCUCGUGUCUUCCCUGCGGCUGUUGUCCCUGGUCCACGGUCUGAACUUCCAAGCCGGCUGCCGAUUGGGGUGGUUGAACUACGACGACUUUUACAUCCCAGAAAUUGCAGAGAAAAUUGAUAUUAGGAAUGAUUACUUGAACUGGAUGAACAGCAGGCUUCACCCGAUGUCCAGGAGGGAGAGUCCAAUCCUGUUCUGUGAGUAUCCAUUCUUGUUCGACCCUCAGGCCAAGACGCUGCCACUCAUCAGAUUCAAGGAGCGAUCCAGGAGGCCGUUUUAAACAGUAACCCCAUGCUGUGGCUCUUUGAAAGCUUUUUUAUUUAUUUAUUUAUUUAUUUAUUUAUUUAUUUAUUUACUUAUUUAUUUAUUUUUUAUUUUUUUUUGUUCACACACACAAACACUUAAGCUAAUACAAUACAGUAGUAGUAAUAGUAGCAUCAGUAGCAGUAAUAAUAACACACACACACACACACACACACACUCGCCACCCAAGCCGCUGCCUCCCAUGGGACGGAGCACCCACCUCUCCAUACUGUGGUCACCCACACCCACCACCUCGACCCCCCGGUCAGCUGUCACCAGGACCCACCGCCCCAUGCCUGACUCAGCCAUGAGGGAGUUUGGGCAGUGGGUGACACAACACCCGUGGACCGAGGUGCUGGAUGAGGAGGACGUCCACGUAAAAUGGCAAAAUUACGUCGCCACUACCACAGCAGCCUUCCACCACUACUUCCCAGCCAAGAGCGUCACAACGCACCCGUCUGAUGCUCCCUGGAUGACGCCCCGCAUUAAAAGACUCAUGCGUCAGCGGACCUGGGCGUUCCACUCCUGCCCGGUCCUUUACAGGAAACUAAGAAACAGAGUAAUCAGGGAGAUUAAGAAUGCAAAGGCAAGUUAUUACCCAGACAAGAUACACCACCUCAAGCUGACCAACAACAGACAGUGGUACGCUAAGAUCAAAGCUUUGUGUGGCUUACAAAAGCACACUCCAUCCUUUCCUUGCACCUCACACCUUCCUGCUAAUCUCGCGGCUCAGGAGAUGAACGAUCACUUUGCUGCUAUCUGUCAAACCUUUCCUCCCCUCCACACCACUCCGCUUCCUGCCUAUCUUCCCGCUCCCUCCCCUCCACACACUGUCCAGGCGAUGGAUGUUUUUAAGAGAAUACUUAAAUUUAAACCCAGAUCCACCACACCCACUGACCUUCCUAUAAAAAUUUACAAGGAAUUUGCUUUAGAGCAAGCAACACCGCUAUGCUCCAUAAUAAACGCCUCACUCUCCCAACACUCUUGCCCCGCGGACUGGAAGACAUCUUACGUCACCCCCAUCCCCAAAACUUCCAGUCCUCAGUCACUCAAUGACCUCAGGCCAGUCUCUAUCACUCCCAUCCCUAGCCUUAUUUGUGAAGAUUUUGUAUAUGACUGGGCCUACACCAAAAUUUGUAACACCGUGGAUAUCAGACAAUUCGGAAAUAUUAAAGCCACCUCCACCUCACAUUACCUGACCAGCUUCCUUGAAUUCAUCCACAGCCACCUGGACAAGCGAAACACCUCUCUAGCUGUUGCUUUUGUGGACUUCAAAAAAGCCUUUGAUCUUGUUGAUCACACUGUUGUCAUCAGCAAGGCAGUAAGUCUGGGUAUCCCUCCUAAUCUGAUAGCGUGGCUAGCCGACUUCCUCACAGGGAGACGUUAGGCCGUUCGCUAUCAGGGCUCUGUCUCUAAUUUCCAACAGCUGACAUGUGGAGUCCCCCAGGGGACCAGGAUGGGUCCUCUAUGCUUCCUCCUCCUCAUCAACGACGCCCUCACCGACAACCCCCAUCGCUGGAAGUAUGUGGAUGACUGCACCGUGGGCGUCCCAGUUUCCACCAAGAACCUGGACUACUCGCCACUGCAAGCAAUUCUGGAGCGACUGCAGACGUGGACAGAGGAGAGCAGGAUGACCAUCAACCACAGCAAAACUGUGGUGAUGCAUUUAUGUACCUCCUCUGUACCAGUGCCCCCUCCCCGGCUCACAGUGGGCCCUCACCCCCUCCAGGUGGUCCAAUGUGCCAAGCUUCUCGGAGUCACGGUGGACGACCAGCUGACCUGGAAGCAGCAUGUCGCCAACACCGUGAGAUCAGCUACCUACAGGCUGUACAUGCUGCGCAGACUCAGGUCGCUGGGGACGCCGACAGAUGAGUUAAGGGGGGUGUACCUUACCUUCAUCCUCCCCAAACUCAUGUACGCCUCCCCAGCGUGAUCCUCCUCCCUCACACACACUCAACAGAUACAGCUAGAGAGUGUGCAGAAAAGGGCGUGCAGGGUCAUCGUUGGCCCUGCAUACACCACCUAUGAAGAAGCCCUGACCACCCUGAGUCUGUCCAGAAUAUCCACCAGGCACCGAGAGGCUCUGGAGAAGUUUGGGAGGGGACUACUGCAUCAUCCGCGUCUCAGAAACAUGCUGCCGCCCGACGCGCCUCGCCCUGUCCGUGCCACCAGACACCACAACAGAAUAACGCCCCUGAAGGCGCCGCGCACGGACCGGUACAGACUCAGUGCGAUUCCCACCAUGGUACAGUUUCUAAAUGUACACAUUCGACGCACACACAUCGUAGAGGACCCCAUCAGCCAACUGCUGCACCACAAGGUCACCGAUUACAAACGGCCAUUGAAGGUCCACUUCAUCGGGGAGGAGGCAGAGGAUGCAGGUGGGGUACGGAAGGAAUUUUUCUUGCUCCUCCUAAGAGAUAUUUUGAAUCCAGACCAUGGUAUGUUUACUGAGUUCCCCGACACAAGAAGGAUUUGGUUCAAGGAGGGAGCUCUGGAGGCGGCUGCUACCUAUAUGUUGAUUGGAUUUUGGGUAAUGGGGGCAGAAGUGUGCUAUAUUGUGGGCGGCCUGUCCAUGCUGCUGCCGCUAGUGAUGUUGCAGGCCUACUGAGCUCCCAGCCACGCCCCCAGCCUGUGCAUAUUAGCCAGGUUAAGGUGGACGGAUGUUUGGCUGACGUUGGGCUAUUUUCUGUGGUGUUUUGGGCUAGUUUGGGCUGUUUUUCAUGUGUCGUUCUUUUUUUGGGGGGGCUAUUUUUAUGUAUUUUUGUUCUUUUAUUUUUCAUGGUUCCAGCGACAGUUUAAGAGGCUGUAGUGGAAGUUAUUGCAGUUUUCAAGGGUGUUUUUAUGGUUCUAAAAUUUAACAGGUCGUAGUGGAAGUUACUGGGGUUUUCAAGGGUGUUUUCAUGAUCCCAGUGACAGUCUAAGAGGCUGUAGUGGAAGUUACUUGGGUUUUCAAGAGUGUUUUCAUGAUUCCAGUGAUAGUUUAAGAGGUUUAACAGGCCAUAGUGGAAGUUACUGGGGUUUUCAAGGGUGUUUUCAUGAUUCCAGUGAAUUUAAAAGGCUGUAUACAUUUAAUUAGAAAGAAAAAUAGUGUUUAUUACCAUGAUUAGAGAGAGAGAGAGAGAGAGAGAAAGUGCAUUAAUCUUUAGUAAACAAACAAGCAAAUCCUGCUACCUGUAUAUUAAGUACGAGUAAACAUUCCAUUAGUGUUUAAGAACAAAUUAUAUUAGCAUAACUUAUUGAAUAUAUUAUUAUUUGUACAAUAUGUUUUCCCGGCGGCAAGCCAAGCACUGCUUGUCGCCAAGAGUGUAUCCUCAGUUCCGGGCCGAGCCCAAUAAAGGAGAGAUGUGCGGCCACAAUUGGUGUACGCCAAGGGUCCCCCACUUCAUGCCUCCUCUUUAUAUUAUAUGUUAAUGACUUAAUUAAACUUGUCAAAGAAAGUUGUGCACCAGAAGGUUUCCUCUCCUGGCUCCAUCUACUGGUAUUAAUGGACGACACAGUCCUGUUAGCCAUCUCUAGAGCAAGCAUGUUAAGAAAACUAGAAACUUUAAAGCAAUUUUGUGAUAAUUACGGGAUGAAAAUUAAUGUUUCAAAGACUAAGUUUUUUGUAAUUUGUGGAACUACGAGAGAUAAAGAACCAUUGAAGGUUGGUGAAUUAGUAGUAGAGUCAUGCAGCCAAUAUAUAUACCUAGGUUCCCCAUUUACUUGUGAUGGUUGUGUCUCUUCUGUCAAGGUUCAUGCCAGUACUAAGAUGGCUCAUGUCAAUAAAUUCAUUUGCUUUUUAAAGAAAAAUAAUGACAUACCAUUUGUUGUAAAGAAGAGAAUAUUUGAUGCUGCACUAAUGUCAGCCAUACUGUACGGCUGUGAAUCCUGGCUGAAUGCUGAUUUGAGGCCUAUAACUAGACUUUACAACUUAUGUAUUAAACAAUUGCUUUGUGUUAGAACAACAACCUGUAAUGACAUGUGUUAUGUGGAAUUGGGUUACCCUCCACUGAAAGACCUUGUGCUGAGCAGACAAAGAAAGUUUUUUAAAAAGAUGUGGCAAGAAAGAGUGCAUAUGAAUGAUGACCCCUUGAUCUUUGCUAUUAAAACCACUCUUAAUAAUAGACUUAAUACAAGAUCUUUUAUUUCUCAGUUAAUUAACGAUGACAGAAAUGAUAUACAUAUUGCUAUGGAAAAAUUAAAGUGUGACAUAUCUGCCUCAGAUUCCUCCAGGAGAGUAACAUACAAAGCAAUAAAUCCCAGUCUAUCGGUUCAUGAUAUCUACACCCGCAAAAAGGGAAUCAGAGAAGACCUAAGAAUUAAUUUCACAAGAUUUCGUCUGUCGGCACAUUGGUUAGCAGUUGAGGUGGGCAGGUGGAAAAGACGGGGGCGUGGCCGCCUACCUCUAGAGGAGCGGCUGUGUCCCUGCGGACAAGUACAGACAGAAGUUCAUGUCAUCGAGCAAUGUCCCCUCUCACAACACAUCCGUGACACAUAUACUCGUACAUAUUCUACACUACAGGAACUAUUCAGUGGCUCCUUUGAUAAUACAAGACUAUGUAUUAUUAUAAGCUCAAUCUUGAACUUAUAUUCCCACAAUUUGUGACAUAUUUAGGUAUUAGGGUUAUGUAACAUUAGUUGUCAUAUUGGUGACCUGUUUCUUUUCUGUAAUGAAUAAGAUUUAUUAUAGUACUGAGUUAUGUUGGACUCAUAAAUUAAUAUUGUUAUGUAAUUAUUACUGUAAGUGCAAGAUGUUGUGGUCAAUAAAACUAUGAACUAUGAA